UGUUUCUCUUCUCAGCUUAUUAUGUCAUCAAGAAUUAAGAUCAAACAACUUCAAUUCCAAUUUACGUGAGACCUGGCAAAGCUUCUGAACUCUGGUGCUUCUCCUCUCUCUCUAACCUUUCCGACACUCCUACCCUUCUGGAGACAUUACAGAUACAACAGGAUCAUGACUGAGACUACCAGUGCCAACUCUGAAAAGAAACUUGUACGAAUUGAUAUUAGUUCUGAUACUGUAUGCCCAUGGUGCUUUGUUGGCAAAAAAAAUCUAGACAAAGCCAUGGCUGCCUCUAAGGAUAAAUACAACUUUGAGACAAAAUGGCACCCUUAUCAACUUGAUCCUAAUGCCCCUAAAGAAGGCAUUGACAAGAGGGAAUAUUACAGAAGAAAGUUUGGAUCUCAAUCAGAAAAGAUGGAAGCUCGGAUGUCGGAGGUCUUCAGGACUGUCGGUCUGGAAUAUAGUUUGUCAGGACUCACGGGAAACACUAUGGAUAGCCACAGGCUUAUAUAUUAUUCUGGACAGCAGGGUCUUGACAAGCAACAUGAUCUCGCUGAAGAACUUGGCCGUGGUUAUUUCACACAGGGAAAAUACAUUGGUGAUCAUAAGUUUCUUCUGGAAUCUGCUGCGAAGGUCGGUAUAGAAGGGGCAGAAGAGUUUCUUAAGGACCCCAACAAUGGGCUGAAGGAGGUUGAGGAUGAGCUCAGAACAUACUCAGGAAACAUUACAGGGGUUCCAUAUUACGUGAUUAAUGGGAAUCAAAAGUUAAGCGGUGGCCAACCCCCUGAAGUCUUCUUGAGAGCUUUCCAAGUUGCUACAAGUUGACUUUCAACUUCUCAAAGUUUCUGUUGUCAUAAGGAGGAGACCUUGAAAAUAAAAAAGUUGGCUCUUCGCGUUAGUGCUAUAUUAUACUUAAAUAAAAAAUGAACUUCUUCCAAGAUAUAAGACCAUGUUCAUAUCUUCUACAUUGUACAUCUUCAUUCCUGUCUUUGCAGCCCUACCGGAUGCAGCAAUAAUAAGUUGAAUGACUGUGCUAUUUUUUUGACAAUGCAAUCUUAACUGCUGGUCUACAACCAACAAUUACGCAACUGUUUGGU